AUUGGUGAUUGACACAUGCUACAUUUUCAUUUAGCUGCAGGCAGAUACAACAAAGUUGUCUGAUUGCGUGGAUAUAUGGCUGGAUAUAAUUGAAAACCCUGGUUUGGAGAACUAUGGUCAGUUUUUAGAAAACGCUGUUUAGAAACUAUGCAGUCAUUUCAUUAUUUAGCCUACAUGCUAGAUCCAAGGAAAAAAGGAAAUAGAAGACUCACAAUGGAACAGCAGAAUGAGGGAGAAGAGUGGUUAAAUAUUCGACACCCUAAUUUUGUACCAUUUGUUCUGGCUUUCACAGCAGAAGAUACAGAAAUAUAUCCCAGCUCCAUGUUCAGAGAAAGUGUCGUGAAAACGUUUUCUGCUGCAAAAUGGUGGAAAAUAUUGAUUUCCAAAAUUUCUGCAACUCAAGAACAUGAUGCCCAUCCAGAAAAUGCUGCUCUGCCAUUGCCAUUCUGCCAGUUUGUGUUCAACUUACACAGUGUUCCAGUUUUGUCUGCUUCUCUCGAAAAGAUUUUUUCAAACUUUAGCUACAUUUGGUCCACGACAAGAAAUCGUUUGGGCACAGAGAAAAUGGCAAAGCUUGCCAAAGUGUAUUGCCACUUGCGAGAAGCAAAUGAUAAUUGACUGUUAUAAAAGUUGUUUAUCAGUUGUUCAGUAGUUUAGUAGUGCAUUAAAUUUAAUCAAAUCAA